UCUCUCUUCUCCUCUGGAACACUCAGACGCCCAACCUGCUCUGAGAGGAGCCCGCUCCCAGAACCUGACCUCCUGCCACAAGACUACGCAGACGACCUGCCAGCCUGCUCAGCCAUCAUCAGAGGAGACCUGAAGGGCAUUGACAAGGAGCAGCUCAGAAGACUUCUAAAACAAAAGAAUAAUCCCAAGCUUCUAUCUGAGGCGUUCUACCAUGACGUGAUCCGAAACUGUAAAACUUACGUUACAGACAGAGGGUUCGUCAUGAUGCCCCUUAGUGUGGAGGAGAGAGACUUCCCCAUCGCCUACUCCAUGGUGGUCCAUGAGAAGAUUGAGAUGUUUGAGCGACUCCUGCGUGCCGUGUACACACCUCAGAAUGUAUACUGCGUGCAUGUGGACCAGAAAUCCUCUGAGGAAUUCAGGACUGCAGUAAAGGCUAUUGUGUCUUGUUUUACCAAUGUGUUUGUGGCAAGUAAGACAGAGAGUGUAGUUUACGCAUCGUGGUCUCGAGUGCAGGCAGAUCUAAACUGUAUGAGGGACCUGUUGAAGUCACCUGUCCAUUGGAGGUACCUGCUCAAUACCUGUGGAACAGAUUUCCCCAUUAAAACCAACGCAGAGAUGGUUCAGUCACUCAAACUGCUCAACGGGAGGAACAGCAUGGAGUCUGAGACCACCAUCGACUAAAAGAAACGCUGGUGGCAGUAUCAGCACAACAUCACCAACAACAUAGUGGUCAGGACGGGCGUUACGAAGAGCCCUCCUCCAAUCAGCAACCACAUGUUCUCCGGAAAUGCCUAUUUCGUGGUCUCCAGGGACUUUGUCCAUCACUUGUUUGACAGCCAGGAGGUUCGGGCCCUGCUGGAGUGGGAGAGGGACACCUACAGUCCUGAUGAGCACCUGUGGGCUACUCUGCAGUGCAUGCCCUCAGUGCCAGGGUCUAACCCUCCCCACAUUAAGUACCAUGAAUCAGACAUGAACGCCAUCGCUCGCAUGGUGAAGUGGAGUUACCUGGAAGGAGAUGUGAGGAAAGGAGCCCCAUAUCCACCCUGCUCCGGUGCCUCCAGGAGAGCUAUGUGUGUCUACGGGGCUGGAGAUCUCCGGUGGCUCCUACAACACCACCACCUCAUCGCUAACAAGUUUGACCCAGAGGUGGAUGAUGUAGCCAUUCGAUGUCUGGAAUCAUACCUUCGUUUCAAAGCAACAUAUGGUUAAUCUGGGAGUAUCUGUAAAAAGCUAUGAAAUGAAAAAGGGUUGCAAAUACCGUAAUGUAUAUUUAUUUAAAUUGUGUUUUUGUAUGAUUUUUAUACGUGGUUGUUUUACCUAUUGAAUUUAAAGCACUGAUUAGAAGUGGCUCUGGAUAAGAGCGUCUGCUAAAUUUUACCAAAAACGUAAUGUCCUACUUAGAAUACACUGUCUUUACAACAGUUAUAUCAUUAAACAGUAUACAGGACUUCAAUGGAGGUUGUAAAAUAAAACAAAUAAUUGGACUGUUCAAAUAAAGAAAUAAUGACACUCAA